GUUGAGUGCGCAGCAACUCCAAAACCUUGAGGUGAUUUCAAGUUUCUUGGACUUGACGAUCUUAAUUCAGGCGGUGACAAGAGGAGCUUAAUGGCGGCUGAAGAAUCGGCUCGCAUUGCGCCUCCGCAAGGGCUCCGGUCUCAACCUUCAGUUGCCAAGCAGCAUCACAGGCACCUCCGUCGGCAUGGCAGUCAUGAACUGGAGGACGAAGAGCUGGAAAAUGAGGCAGAUCUAGAAACUGUUGAGGAAGAAAAAUCAAAUCUUUUGCUCUACGGCAAGCUCGAGGUAGGAAUUGGGGAUUGCAAGAACUUGGUGUUCAGGGGGCCGCUCACAGACUGCGUCCGCAUGCGAAUUCCGAUGUCCUGCAAUCCCAAAGUAUCCAAGAAGACGCGAUAUCCAAAACGGGGGCUCUACGUUGUUUUGAGCAUUGGGGGAGCAAGGCUUGGUCGAACCCGGAUAUCAAAAAAACCAUCCUGGAACGAACAAUUAUCCAUCCAUGUAAGUCAUUUUGCGACGGAAGUUGUGCUGACCGUGAAAGACGACGGGCUUUUAUUUGGGCCUCACGUCCUCGGCAGGGUCCGAAUACCAGCGGAGGAAGUUCUUUCGAAGAAGCCCAUCGAGGGGUGGUUUCCGCUGUUAAGCAGAGGAAGGCAGAAACAGGAUACGCAGCUCAACCUUUUUAUCAAGUACACUCCUGUCGAGGAAGAUCGGAAUUACAUCGAAGGUGUUGGUCCGGGGAUUGGUGUGGAGAAGGUGUACUUUCCUCUUAGAACAGGAUGCCGAGUGAGGCUGUAUCAAGACGCUCACGCGGAGGUGCCUCCUCUCAAGCCGAUAAGUCUCGACAAUGGCCAGGAAUUCGUGAGGCAAUGCUGCUGGGAGGAUCUCUGCCGGGCAAUUGUCGAUGCUCACCACAUCGUGUAUAUUAUCGGGUGGGCAGUCUUUCAUAGAACCAGGCUGGUGAGAACUGGUCACAAGGACUUGCCGGACUUAACACUGGGGGAGCUUCUUAAGCAAAAGUCUGCAGAGGGUGUGAGAGUUCUCUUGCUUGUUUGGGAUGACAAGACGUCUCACAGGACAAGGUUCUUCAAAAUCGAUGGUGUUAUGGGGACUCACGACGAGGAGACAAAGAAAUAUUUUAAGCAUUCUGCAGUGAAGUGUGUCCUUUCUCCUCGCUAUGGAGACAACAAGCUCAGCUGGUUUAGACAAAAGAUUGUGGGAACCUUGUAUACUCAUCAUCAGAAGCUGGUAAUAGCUGAUACUCAGGGCCCGGGACAAACUCGAAAGAUCACCUCAUUUUUGGGAGGUCUAGACCUUUGCGAUGGUCGUUAUGAUACUCAAAAGCACUCUCUUUUCAACACUUUAACCACAAUUCACAAAGAUGACUGCUACAACGCCAUGUUUUCGGCAACAGCCGAGAGUGGAGGGCCAAGGCAACCUUGGCAUGAUCAGCAUUGCAUGCUUGAAGGUCCAGCUGCGUACGACUGUCUCAAAAAUUUUGAGCAGCGAUGGUUGAAAUCCUCGAACUGGCACGACGAUGAGCUGGUUCAGAUCUCACGAAUUUCGUGGAUACUUGGUCCAAUCAAGGAGCAUCCGGAGGAGGAUAAAGCGCUUCUAGUAUCACAGCAUGAUGAUCCAGAGACAUGGCAUGCGCAAGUCUUUCGUUCGAUUGACUCCGGUUCUGUGAAAGGGUUUCCAAAGAGUGCUCUGGGUGCCGAAGUCGAGCAUUUGAUUUGCGGAAAGAACAUUGCUAUCGACAAAAGUAUACAUGCCGCAUACGUGGAGAGGAUAAGGUCUGCUCGGCAUUUUAUCUACAUUGAAAAUCAGUAUUUUCUGGGUUCUUCGUAUGCUUGGCCUGACUAUAAAAAUGCUGGUGCAACGCAUUUAAUUCCGAUGGAGAUUGCUCUGAAAAUUGACGCUAAUAUCCGAAAACGCAAAAGGUUCGCUGUGUAUGUGCUUGUACCCAUGUGGCCGGAAGGCGCUCCCGACAGUGCUUCUGGACAAGAAAUCUUAUAUUUCCAGGCACAAACCAUGGAGAUGAUGUAUCGUGUGGUUGCAAAAGCUCUAGCAGACACCGGACUUGACAAAGAGUAUCAUCCCAGAGACUACUUAAACUUCUACUGCCUUGGCAAUCGCGAGAAACUGGAUCACGAGCCCGAGAAGCCACCACCUGAGAAGUCGAAACAGCAUACUGUGCAAGAAAAUGGCCGUUUUCUUAUCUAUGUUCAUGCCAAAAGCAUGAUUGUAGACGAUGAAUACGUGAUCAUAGGCUCUGCAAACAUCAACCAGAGAUCGAUGGAUGGUUGCCGAGACACUGAAAUAGCAAUGGGAGCGUUCCAGCCAAACUACACGUGGAAGCAACAGCAGAAACAUCCCAGAGGCCAGGUCUAUGGCCAUAGAAUUUCGCUGUGGGCCGAGCAUCUGGCUUGCGUGGAAGAUUGUUUCGAAGAUCCAGCAAGCGUGGAAACAGUCCGCCGUGUAAAUCACCUGGCGGAGGAGAACUGGAAGCAGUAUGUCGGCGAGGAAGUGGUCGAUAUGCAAGGCCAUCUCAUGCCUUACCCGGUGGAGGUCACCCCGGAAGGAAAGCUCGAGCCACUCCCAGGUUUCGAGAACUUCCCCGAUCUUGGAGGCAAGGUACUGGGAACUCCUCACGCGCAACUUCCAGACCAGCUGACCUCGUGAUUUUGUACGGAUUGUCUAACCCCGUACACGUAUGAUUUGUACGAAAUAACGGUUUUAACUCUCCGUACGAGAACCCAGGGUUUUAACGAA